CCUCCUUUUCUUCUCCCUCUCCUCCCUCCUUGUCCUCUCUCUCUCUCUCUCUCUCUCUUCCCUCCUUCCCUCCUUCCUCUUGCUCCUGUCCCUCCAUCCCUGGUCCUCCCCUUUCUGGGUUUGCCUUGGACAAAGAGAGGAUUUGAACUUCCCACUCUCUGCCUGAAAAAAGGGAGGAGAAAAGUGAGAAGAGGAGGAGGAGGAGGAGGGCUGGCGCUGUGACCCAUGGAUGGGUUUCUCAGCUGUGGCCCCAAUGUGCCCCAGAGGAAGACCAGCCCUCUCAGGAACCACCAGAAAGCUCUGAGGCUGCUGCCUCUGCUCCUGGAGGACCCUCCCAAAGGCUGCCUUCCUCUCUCAGGGACCUUCUCCUCUUUGCCCUCUCUAGGCUGCCAGACCUCUCCACCAUGAGGAAGCGGGCCAAAGAUCUGGGGGCCCUGGCCUUCUAGCUUGGGGCCUGAGAGACCUUCCUCUUCUCCAAGAAGUGUGGUGCCCACAGGUCCUCCUCCUCCAAAGGUGCCACAGGAUUACUCUGGGAGCCUUGGGCCAGCUUGCUGCCAGUCCCUUUGGAUGUUGCUUCCAGCCCCUCGCCUUGGCUAUGGGAUCCUACCUGGUCUGCCACACUUUGGGGCUGAUGGUUUGUUGCUCGGUGUUGGGUUCCGUCUGUGCCCUGGUGGAUGCUGAUGAUGUUUUGACGAAGGAGGAGCAGAUCUUCCUGCUGCUAAAAGCCAAGGCCAAGUGUGAGCGGCAUUUGAAAGCCAAAGGACCCAAGCUGCAAGAUGGAUUCUGUGUUCCUGAAUGGGACAACCUCAUCUGUUGGCCUGAAGGUGCUCCAGGCAAACUGGUGUCUAUGCCCUGCCCAGAUUACAUCUACGACUUCAACCAUGCUGGCCAUGCCUAUCGACGGUGUGACAUGAAUGGGAGCUGGGUUGUGGCGCCCAGCACAAACCGCACCUGGGCCAACUACAGCGAGUGUGCCAAGUUCCUCACCAUUGACACCAGGGAAAGGGAAGUCUUCUAUCGGCUGUAUUUGAUUUAUACUGUUGGCUACUCCAUUUCCUUGAGCUCCCUAACCAUUGCGGUCCUGAUCCUGGGCUAUUUCAGGCGUUUGCACUGUACACGGAAUUAUAUCCACAUGCACCUCUUUGUGUCCUUCAUGCUCCGAGCCAUCAGCAUCUUUGUGAAGGACGCGGUCCUGUACUCUGGCUCAGCUCUGGAGGAGAUGGAGCGGAUCUCUGAAGAAGACUUCAAGUCCAUCACCGAGGCACCUCCGGCAGACAAGUCCUCCCUUGUUGGCUGCAAGGUAGCUGUUACCUUGUUCCUUUACUUCCUGGCCACCAACUACUACUGGAUUCUGGUGGAAGGCCUCUACCUCCACAGCCUCAUCUUCAUGGCAUUCUUCUCAGAGAAGAAAUAUCUUUGGGGAUUCACGUUAUUUGGCUGGGGGCUGCCAGCUGUAUUUAUCACAGUCUGGGCUAGCUUACGGGCAACGUUAGCAGACACUGAGUGCUGGGAUUUAAGUGCUGGCUAUUUCAAAUGGUUCAUUCAGGUGCCCAUCCUCACAGCUGUGAUGGCAAAUUUUAUUCUUUUUAUCAAAAUUAUACGAGUCCUAGCAACCAAACUCCGGGAGACCAAUGCAGGGAGAUGUGAUACAAGACAACAGUAUAGGAAGCUGCUGAAAUCGACUCUGGUCCUUAUGCCUCUCUUUGGAGUUCAUUAUAUCGUUUUUAUGGCUAUGCCGUACACCGAAGUGUCAGGGAUCCUCUGGCAAAUUCAAAUGCACUAUGAAAUGCUCUUCAACUCUUUCCAGGGAUUUUUUGUCGCCAUUAUCUAUUGUUUUUGCAAUGGGGAGGUUCAAGCAGAAAUAAAGAAGUCAUGGAGCAGAUGGACGUUAGCGCUUGACUUUAAAAGGAAAGCCCGCAGUGGGAGCACCACCUAUAGCUACGGACCCAUGGUGUCCCACACCAGCGUCACGAAUGUGACCACGAGGGGAGGGAUCGCCCUCCAUCUCAACACGAGACUCGUUCCAGGGUCCCUCAACGGACAUCGGAAUUUGCCCGGAUAUGUAAAAAAUGGCUCCAUUUCAGAGAAUUCCAUGCCUUCCUCUGGGCCAGAACAGUAUAACAAAGAUGAGGAGUAUCUCAAUGGUUCGGGACUCUACAAUGGAGACAAGCCAACGGUACUCGUCGAAGAAGAGAAGGAGACCGUGAUGUAAAUGGAAGGGGGAGAAAAUGGUCCGAUGCUCAAAUAGGAGGCUCCCAGGAAGCUCUGGGUGUUCAAAGGAAUGCCCCGCCAAUUGCAAAAUGGCCUGUAGACAGUUGUUUCCCCUUGUUGUUCUUUGGAACAAGAAAUCAAGUUCUGUGGGGAAAUGUAGGCCAGUUGUCUGGUGAUCGCACACACUUUGCUCCAUGGUCUCCUGUCCCAAAGUGUUAAUGGUGGUGUGGGAUCUCUAGACCCAUCAGAAUUUGUCAUGCCGGUUUGAAAAUGAAGGAAAUACUCAGUUUACAAGGAGGUACCCAAGGGCACUCUGUAGGGUUGAUCUGCAGCACAGAAGGGAAUUGUCCAUGUGUCACGUUUCAGGACCAAGUGGGCCAAGGCUUGAUCACCAUUGCCCUUUAGGGGUACAAUCUGCCUUGGGGUGUUUUCGGGUUCCCCUUUUCUUGCAACAAAAUUGGAUUUGCCAUCUGGUAGAUCUACCCAAGAUGGGCUCGGAGCAGUGAAUUCUUUCUUGCUGGUUGUAGCUAAGAGGUGUAAGUUUGGGUGUGGGGCUUGAAUCGUGGCUCGAAAGAAUGCUUGACAAUUUUUUUAAAUGGUUGCAAAAUGGUUUUCUUUGAGUGUUGAGAAAGCCUGACAAGGAGAAUCCUAGAUGAGCAAGAAUUUUACCAGUUCGGGACUUAUUCUGCCUGAAAAAAAUGCAUGUGGGUCUUUUGAGUGUGCAAAACAAGAUAAAAAAAGACCAGGUUUCCUGCAGAGAAAACAAGAUUUGUGCAUAUAAAAGAAGUUUCCUUCACAGGAAACAGCAAUUUUUUUGUGCAGGUAACACCGUUUCUACACAGAAAAACAAAUUUCCCUGCAGUGUCAAUAAUUUUCUGCAAAUGUCAUUUUCGGCACCAAAGGCAACACUUCCAUGCAGAAAACAGGCUUCAUGUGCAGAAUGCAGUAUUUAUUGCAUAGAAAACAUUUCUGUACAUACAAUGUCAUUUGCUGUACAAAAAGACCACAUGUGAUCUUUUCCCCCACACAGAAUAAGUCCCAAACUCAAACUUUGCACAGUUUUCAAUUACUUACCCUCAACAAGGAGGGGAAAGAAGACCCUAAACUUAUUCAUUCUUGUCUGCAAUUGUGAAAUGUAUGAAGAUUUACCUCCCUGUUGCAACCUGAUCUUGGUUUUAUAGUAUGUUAAUGAUCAUGACCCAAGGAGUCCUGGGAAUUGUAAUAACUACAGUUACAUGGACAGAGGAAAUGCUUUCCAUCUCUCAUGUAGGCAUGGCCUGUAUGCCAAGGCCAGCUUCUUCCUUCUUUCCAUUUAGCAAAGUCCAAACCCUGGGAGCAAAACAGCCCCUUGGCUAAAUAAACUGUGACCAGUGUAUAAUAGCUGCAAUUGUUUGUACAUACCUCUAAUUAUUAAAUAAUGGCAUAAUAAGGUUCUUGCAGCCAAGCCUGCAAAAAUCGUUGCCUUUGCCCACGAAAUCAUGCAAUAAAACGAUUCUGCCCCUCAAAAUGGAAGUUGAUUCUCAGCAUCCAUUGCUCCCCUGAAAAAAGGGGGGGGGGAGAAAAGAAGUUCCCAGACCUCUUAGUGGGAAAUCAUGACAGUGAAUAAGUUCAUUUAAAAAUCAACUUGCCUGCAAAGGCCCUGAUCAAUUGAUUGAAAUGGCCACAUGAGAAAAAAAUUUGGAGUCAUGCGUCCCAGGUACCAUUCACACUAGAGAAUUAUGGCACUGUGAUUCCAUUUUAAUGACUAUGGUUCCAUCCUAUGGAAUCCUGGGGUUUGCAGUGUAGAGAGUUCUAGUGCCUCCCAAACUACAAACCCCAGGAUUCCACAGGGAUGGCGCCAUGGCAAUUAAAGUGGAAUAACAGUACUUUAGUUGUGCAGUGUGAAUGGGGCCCCAGAAAUACGAAUGGCCUAUGAGAGACAUGGCACAGAAAGAAAUAUAGAUGAACCAGUGGCUCAGCUGUACAAGCAGAGCAGUGUGCACUGUGUAAUUUUUUAAAAAUUGUGUCACUGAGAAAAGAUGGAUCCUAUGAUUGAUAUAAAUUAUACAAAUUUGCA